GCUCGUACAAAAUGGAGGAGAACAGCAGCUGCUCGAGAACAAUGUUUGGGGUCUAAUUUUUGCUCGCGUUUUCAUGCAACAAAGUGACGGUUCGCUCCGAUAAAACCCACAAAAAGAACGGAAAAGAAGAAGAGAUCCGCCGAGGAAGAGCAGAGGGGGCCGACGGUGGCCAUGCGCAGGAUAUUUUCCGUUGGCUUCAGUUAAUUUUGUGGCAUCAGUCAUGAGUAUUAUUCAAGACAAACUUGGCAACGAGUUCCUUCGGAAUGGUGGCAUGGAGCCCAACUUUCCACCAGGUAUGAUCAUGUUCAGCCACCUCCCUCCAGUGACCAGCUUUGCACGCAUCGCUGCGGGGUCUGUCAUGCAUGACUUGCCUCAGGAGAUGGUCCUCAAGAAGGAGCGCAACUCUCCCAUUGAAAAGACGUCCAUGGACUUCAUCCAGACGAUGGGCAUCAAGCAAGAAAAGAUGACUGAGCACGAUUACAGGGUACCGCUGUACGGCAGUUCUGUCAAGAAUCCUGAUCUUCUGGAAGUGUCGCUCCGAAAUCCAAAUUUGUUAAUACAAGACCUGAGCAUCGGCAGAGAGCACGGGCAACACCAGAGAGCUGUCGGAGGACGUCCAGGACAAGACUGGAAUGGGCUACAAGACCAUCAGCAGGAAGCUUGGAGAGAAGGUGACAACUGUUGGCGCGAUUCUUCGGAAAUGGGAGAUAAAUCUAAAAUGACGGUCAAUCGUCCUCGGUCUGGUCUGGAGCUCCAUGCAAAAUACGGGCAUCUAUUGAAAAACGACUCUGCCAUUCUGAGCAGGACUGUGGAGUCGUUGCCAGGCAGAACAGGGAAAGAAACAAAAGAAUCUGCUGGGAAGAAGACGAAGCGAUCCAGUUCGGACUCUCAAGAUUCAAAGCCACGGCGUAAGAGGGGCGAGUCUUCGAAGUCUGGAAUGCUGGAUGGGGAUGCUGGGAGCCUUUCUCCAAACUCAAAACCUCAUAUCUGCGAGCACUGCAAUGCUGCGUUUCGGAGCUCCUAUCACCUUCGCAGACAUGUGCUUAUCCACACAGGAGAGAGGCCUUUCAGAUGUAGUCAGUGUAACAUGAGCUUCAUACAGAAGUACCUGCUGCAGCGACAUGAGAAGAUUCACAGUGGAGAGAAGCCCUUCAGCUGUGACCAGUGUAAUAUGAGGUUCAUUCAGAAGUACCACAUGGAGAGACACAAGAGGACGCACAGUGGAGAAAAGCCAUACAAAUGUGACACCUGCCAACAGUAUUUUUCAAGGACGGAUCGACUGUUAAAGCACAAGAGGACAUGCGGAGAAGCCAUAAAGAAAGGAAUGGAGCCUGGGACCUCUGACCAGGGAAGUGGAGAUAUCGGGCACAGCAGCUACAGCCUUACUCAGGGAAAUAUAAGUGCUUCCGGGCGGAAAAAGGGCAAAUCCAAAAAUGCUUCCGGUGAAGCUGGCGAGCGGAAGAAGAAGAAACUAAGUGAAACGCAAAUACCAAGUAAUCUCGGCCUCCACGACUAUGCAGUGGAGAUACCCAUCGUCUCGUCAAGCAACAGUCUGGUGGGCGGCAACGUGCACAGUCUGCAUUCACGGGCACCGAAACUGGUCUUCAAGAAGGUCAGUAGGAAGUCGGUGGAAAAGAAUGAACUGGCCUUGGGGGCAGCCGCCGGCAUGGUCGGCCAAAAGCUGCUGUCUGAAAAGUCAGGAUCUCUCGACUUAGCCGGCAGCACGGGGGUCGAUGGCAUGGGCCUCCUGCAGGGAUCCUCGUCUAAGCCGGGCCAGACCAGCAGCAACUACGACGACGCCAUGCAGUUUCUGAAGAAAAGGAGGUACCUGCAGGCCGCCAACAGCGGCGAUUAUGGGGUGAACGUGGGUCACAUGGCCUCCCAACAAACUGUAAUUCAGGGUGCCAUCACCAGCGUGAUGGAAAGCGAGGCCACGCUCAACCUUUUGGACUCCUCCCCGAUGAACGUGGACAUGAAGCCGUGUCACGACAAGUCUGGGAUCCCGGACGAGGUGCUGCAGAGCCUCCUUGACCACUAUUCCCAAAAAUCGGACGGGCAGCAUGACGUCACCUUCGACAUUAGCGACCAGCACGUCGACAUCCACCCUUCUGGCGACAACCCCGAGAUGGGCCAGGAGGAGAACGUGUGCUCCGACUCGCCGUCGUCCACCGCCGACAAGUCGCUCAUCAUGCACGAGUAUUCCAAAUUCCUCCUGCAAGCUUUAGAGAGGACGAGCCACAGCAGCACCUUCACCCUGGGCUCGGGCUCGCCCUUCGUCAGCCUCUCCUCCUCCUCGCACCCCAACACCUUGUUUUCUGACAAGCACGUGUACACUACGCCUCCCCUGGAGAGCGGUUUCGGCCAGUCUGUUACCUCAGUGUUGCCCGCCGCGUUGCCAAAGUCCCAUUUUGGGAUGUUGGUGGGCUCUUCCCAGCCCAGCUUCCACUUGAGCAGCCUGGAUUCGGCACAUCAGCAGCUGACCCCUUCUCAGGAGCUCACCGACCAGAUCGAGCAGCAGAAGAGCCUGGAGCCCCCCGCGGGUUACCCGAUGGCGGCCCAGGAGCUGGGCGGCCAGAAGGAGCAGGGAAAGAGCACUUCUUCCAGCUACCAGAUAUCGUCUCAGGAGCUGGCGGUCCAGCUCGACCCCGGCAAGAACAUUGACCUGCGAGCAACGUACCAGAUUGAGAACUUCGCCCAGGCGUUUGGUUCUCAGUUCAAGUCGGGCAGCAGGGUGCCGCUGGCUUUUAGCGGCAGCACGGCGGCAGAGGUCGACCACCGAAUACGGACUCCGGUGUCAGAAUUCUCAGGGUACACUAAUUUGUUGUCAGAUGUUAAUGAGCCAGUUAGUACAGGAUCAAAGACCCCAACGAGCCAAAGCUACAGGUAAGGUCUCGAGACUCAGCACCUGCUUGGAGGCUUUUGAUUUCGUCAGUUAUUGGUUUUUUUUUUUUUGUUUUUUAAUUACACUGCCAUUAGAAUGUUUCUAAAGUCCUACCAGGAAAUGGUGUACGUGACGUCCUUCCAAUGCAACUCUUUUAUUUUAUUUUUUAUUAUUAUUAUUGUUUUUUUUUUUUGUUUUUUUUUUUAAUUUGUUAUCUAGGCGUUUUAUUCAUGAUAUUGUAAUAAAGUUAGGCCAGGUCGAGAUAAAUUUUAAACAGAAUAGAAUAGUUGGAGACUGGCUUAACUAUUUUUUCAAUAAACCUGUGUUUUAGCAAUCAGUUCUUUACAAUUGUAGUCAAAAAUAAUAAAAAGAAAAAAUGGCAGGGAAUAGCCCAGUUUUUCAAAAUAGCAAAAAAAAAAA